UACGUGUAGAUAUGUAGUUCACUUUAGUAGUUAAUUGUUUAAGCUUAGAAAUUCACUAUUUCAACUGUUAGUUGGCGCUUAAAAUUCAAAUAAACAUCAGCUAGUAUAUACCAAAUUCGAUUAGUUUAUCGAAUUCUAAUCGAUAGAUAACCAUUGCCAUUGCGCGCAUUUCGAUCAGUAUCAGAAACACAGUCAAAGUUAUGGCAGCCAAAGAAGAUCUAAAAUCUUUACUUGCUCAAACGAGAACCGGCAAACAACUAUCGGAAUAUCAUCUAAAAUUACUUAAGAAGCAGAAAAUCAAUACACUACAUGAAUUCCUUGACGCACAGAACCUGCAUAAAUUUCUCGCCCUCAGCAUUGACCAAGUGGAGCAAAUAAAGCGGGAGCUGCUGCUAGUCUCAGUGAAGAGCAUUAAGUUCAGCAAUCUCUAUCAAAAGCAACCUUUCAGCUAUUCCACAGGCAUUGAAGAGUUCGAUAAAUUGCUAGAAGCGAUUGGCCAACCUUUCCGUCCAGGUCGAAUUUGGGAACUUUAUGGCGAGUCGGGAGUGGGUAAAACUCAGCUACUACACACAUUGGCAGUGAACUUUGUUUGCAAAUACCGCGACUGUCGACAAGUGUUGUUCCUGGACACAAAGCGAGACUUUGACAGCAGACGUAUUCAUCAAAUGCUUCAGGAUCGCCAUUUGGAUACCGAUGCCAUUAAAAGUUGCAUGCGCGCCAUUAAUGUUAUAAUCUGUGCAUCAGCGGAGUCUUUAAUUAAAGCACUGAACAACAUGAUAGAGCAGUUAUCCAGUGGUGAUGAUAGCAUAGCCCAAAUUAAACUGGUCCUCAUCGAUAGUUUGGCGGCCAGUUUCAUCUUUUUUCGUAGUGCUCACGAGCGGAAUAUGGGACGUAGAUGGCUAAAUCAACUGGCAAUGCUGAUGCGAACUUUAGCUGCCCAACAUGGCAUCGCUUUUGUGAUUGGCAAUUUGUCAAUGACAAGUGAAGAUGGGGCAGUCGAUGAUGAUGACGAUAAUGAGGAUUAUCUAACUCAAUGCAGUCCAGAGGCACCAGAGGAUGGUAACUUGCUGGGCGACUAUUGGGACUCCGUAUGUACGCUGUCAAUGGCAUUCGAGUUGCCAGAUGAGUCGAACAAUGAUUUGCGAUUGCUGAGAAUAUUAAACAACAGCUUCGGUAUCAGCGAAGGCAGCUGCUUGUUGCGCAUUACAGAUGCUGGUGUCAUUUAG